AUGGAGCUUUUGAUAUUUUAUUUAAAUAAUGUUCUCCUGGUUUCAAAUUAAAUUCAGAUAAAAAAAGUUGAGUUUCUGCAACUGAUCCUAAUUGUUCUAUACUUAAUGCUGAUGGUAAUUGUUAAUUAUGUGCAAAUGGUUUUAAGUUUGAUGCUGCUACAGAUCCAGGAACAUGUACAACAACUUUAUGUAGUUCAAAGAUUUUAAAUUGUAUUGAUUGUUUUGCCUACUAAGAACCCGAUGCAGAUGUUGUUUAGGAUGAAAGUGGCAAUCCUAUUAGAUUAUAAAAAAAAUAAUUAUAAUGUAUCAAAUGUAAUAAAGGAUAUUAUCCUGAUUUUUUCGUGGAAAAUGUGUAAGAUGUAAUUCUAAUUGUUAAUAAUGUUGGUAAUAUACAGAUUCAUAUAAUCUUACACAAAUUAAUUCAGGUUACUAAGUUUAUUCAUAAUCAUCUAAAUCAUUCUUCUUAAAUGAAGAUUUAAAUGAUCCAUUAUGCACAUUAUGUUAUAAUGGUUAUGAUUUAUAUGAUAAUAAAUGUAAAGGUUGUGGAGAUGGUUGUCAUAUUGAUUCAGUUUCAAUGUGUGUAUAUGAAUUUGAUACUGCUGAUUGUUCUUAAUGUCCUCCAGGAUAAAGAUCUCUUGCUGAUGAUUAUAGUGAUUGUGCUGAUUGUCCAUAAUAUUGUGAAGCUUGUAGAGAAAGAACUUAAGAUGUAAUUAAUUCAAUUAAUCAAUUAUUAAAUCCUAGUAAUUCAGAUUUUUAAAGAUAUUCUAAUCUAUGUUAUAAAAUCAUGAAAAAUUUUGAUUCAACUAAAAAUUUGUAUCUUGAUACUAUUACACAUACGCCCACUGUUUGUUCAUAUCUUGAAACAUCUAAAAAAUGUUAUCAUACUUCAACUAUUACUUUUGAAUUAAAUUGCAAUAAUGAAGAAAGUAUCCCUGAUGUAUAGGAUUUAUCUUCUAUUUUUAAACAUCUACUUCUCCUCUCAUCUUAAAAGAUAUUGAAAAAUAUGAAAACUAUUUAUAUUGAAUAAAAAUGCUGUAGAAGAAGUUACAAUUUAAGUUAAUAUUCAUGGAUCAGAAUAUAAAUUCUAAAAACCUACUCAAUUUAAAACACUUCUCUAAUAGAAUGUAUUCUAAUUAUUAAAACUCAAUAUUCAUUUUAAAUCCUCAUCAACUGCUACAUUCUAUUAAGUAGGACAUUUAUCAUUCUCUAAUAUUAAUAAUUUAAGAUUUGAAAAUAUUUAAUUUUAAUAUAACACAGAAAUUCAAUCUAAAAUUAAAAAUUUCGGUAAUAGGUAAAUCAAGUUCAUUUACAUUAAUCAAUUCAAAAAUUUCUAAGAAAGACUCUUAAAAUUACGCUAUGUUCUCUUUUAAUUUUUCAGGAGUUCAUCACUUUAUUUAGAAUAGGUUCAAUUUAUUUAAUUAUAACCUAUUGAUCUUUUUCUUGAUUAAAACUUUACUUAAGAAAGUUCUUAUAAAUUGGCACUAACUAAAAUUCAAUUUAUGGAAUGUCAAUUUUUAAUCUAAAUUUAAAUAUUGAUUAAAAUCCACUUAAUAAUACUUCAAUUACUAUUAAUGAUUUAAUUAUAAAUCAGAAUUCAUAAAUACUUUUUCUUUGGAUCUUAAAAUGGAUAAACAUAUGCAAAAAUCACAUUAUCUAUUAAUGAUCUUAAAAUUCAAUUAAGUUCUUUUAUUAAUUCUAAUUUAUUUUUAAGCAAUUAUAUUAUAGCAAGCUCAAUUUCUAAUGUAGAUAUUUACACAUACUAAUUUAUUAAUUCUGUAGUAUUUAUGCUGAAUCAUCUUAAUAUCUAAAACUUUUAUGUUGGAUUUAAUAAAAUUUUUAAUAACUCAAUAAUAUUUUCAACUGCUGCAUUAGUUGAUCCUCUAAUUGUACCAAUAAGUGCAUUAUAAGAAUUUAAGAUUACAAAUGUUGGUUUUGAUCAAAAUGAUUGUAAUAGUAUAAAUUGUUUAUUUUUAUAAUAAACUCCCUAGAAUAUCUAUGAUAUUAAAAACAAUUUAAAAAAAAUAGUCUCAUUAUAAAUUACAAGAACAUCAUCUGUGAUAUACACAGAAAUUAUUAGAUAUUUUGAUUCCUCAUUAUGUGCGUUUAAGUAAUUCUAGAAUAUUCAAAUAUCGAAAUUAAAAUCAGUAGAUAAUUUGGGAGCUAUUGUAUUUUAUUUUGAUUAAAUUAAAUCUAUUGAUAUUGAUACUCUACAAUGUGAUUCAAUUCAAUCAAAUUGUAUUACUGUACAUGAUGAAUUUGGAGAAGAAAUAACUGUUGAUAACUCAUAUAAUAACUUUAUUCCAUCAUCAGAAUAUUGUGCUGAAUAAUUAUGGACAUCAAAUAAUUAUAAUUUUUAUUGUCUUUAUGUAAAUGAAUUCUCAAAUGGAAUGAAAUUAAAUAAUAUUAUUAUAAGUAAUUAAUUGUUGGUAGAUUUUAAUGCUAUAGUUAUAUAAUCAUAUGAUAUACUAAGAAUGAAAACUAGCAGAGCAAAAGACAAUUUGACUUAAUUUUAUUCAAAUUAUGACAAAGAAAUAAUUAUUAUUUCAAAUAUCUAUGCAUUCAAAUACUUUACUUGCUUAUGA